AUGACUCUUGCAAGUCUCGUCUUUCUUCGAUGUAAAUAUUUGGACAUCGUGGGACUCCAUGCUGUCGAGGCGACAGAAGGCGUGCGCAUAACAAAUUGGGAUCAUUUUGUGAGAAUACCACGCGACGACGCUACUGACUCGCCUCAUUCUAAGAUUGUUUAUCGACAUGUAGAAUCAAGAUCGUUAGGUGGCGGAAAGUUCCGAGAUUUGGUCAAAUUCAAUCCAACAAAACCUGGGCCAAACCUUUUGGAUGUCUACUAUGGCGGUGACAAAGUGGAUGAGAUCUAUUAUGAG